AUGAUGAGACAAAUUCCUUACACUUCUACAGUGGGAAGUCUCAUGUAUGUCAUGCGAUGUACUAGGCCAGAUAACUAUUAUUCUGUUGGCAUGGUCAGCCGAUAUCAAUCAAAUCUAGGACUUAAAUAUUGGCAAGCUGUAAAGCAUAUUCUCAAGUAUCUAAGGAGAACGGCAGAUUAUAUACUUGUCUACCGAUGUGAGGAUUUGAUUCCCAUUGGUUAUACAGAUUCAGAUUUUCAAUCAGAUCUUGAUUUCAAAAAGUCCACUUUAGGUUGUGUGUUCACCUUGGGAGGUGGAGCCAUAAGUUGGAGGAAUGUUAAGCAAUCUUGUAUUGUUGACUCCACCAUGGAAGCUGAAUAUGUUGCUGCAUGUGAAGCGACAAAGGAAGCUGUUUGGCUUAAGAAAUUCUUUUAUGAUCUUGGUGUUAUAAGAAUGGAGCAAGUUUCUAUUACAUUGUUUUGCGACAAUGGUGGAGCGGUAUCCAAAGAUCCAAGGAAUUACAAGAAAAGAAAGCACAUAGAAAGAAAGAACCAAAGCAUUUGA